GGUUCAGAGAGAAGAGACACACAACCAAAUCCAGGAUGACGACUCUGAACCUGGUGCUGCUGGUGUUGGCAUUUAUAUCUGCCACUGCGACAAAGCCGAGAAGUAAGUUCACAAGUUACCGCUCAUGGAACUCAAAAAUGUAUCCGGUGUGGAGAGAUGGAGACCGGAGAUUCAGGAACUCUUGGCUUGGUGGUGAAGUAACUUUCGAUCUCAAAAAUGAUGCACCCACUCUGACUGGAGCAAGAGUGACCUUCUCUAUUAAUCUUAAUUUCCCACCAAGCCAGAGAGUGCUCUCUGACGGGCAGGUGGUCUGGGCGGAAAACACCACAAUCAACGGACAACAGUAUCAGGAGGGUCAGGCUGUGUAUCCUGACCAGGACACCGAGCAGACCGGAGUUUUCCCUGACGGCACACCAUUCCCCAUCAGUCAGAACAGGAGACCCCACUACGUGUUUGUGUGGAAGACAUGGGGGCGUUACUGGCAGGUGGCAGAUGGACCAUCCUCCUCCCUCUCUAUCGGUACAGACAACAUCCCCCUGGGCUCCUACAACAUGGAGGUUGUCAUCUAUCACUACCGUGGAAAAGACAAGUUCAUCCCUCUCGGCUAUGCCUCCACAGUCUUCAGCAUCACAGACCAGAUUCCAUUCACCAUAUCACUCGUUCAAGUAACUGAUGUCAACCAGGACGACCAGAACUUCAUCCAGAACCAAGCUAUUGCUUUCAGCAUCAAUCUCCAUGAUCCCAGCCAGUAUCUCAACAGCGCCAACAUCAGCGUCAGCUGGGACUUUGGUGACAGCACUGAUAUUCUGAUAUCCAAAGACCUCACUGUCACACACACAUACCUCGCAGUCGGGAACUUCACACCUCAGGUGGUUCUCAUGGCAAGCAUCCCCAACAGCUGUGGAAACCCCACUGCUGUUGUUCCUACUGAUGCAGUAGCUGCGCCAGCAGUUGAUGUGAUGGCCUCCACCCCUGCAACUGUCCCAGCAGCACCAGACGAGGGAGGAGAUGCAAUUGCUCUGGAUGUUGCUGAUGCCACUCCACUUGCUGCUUCUGUGCAGCCAGCUGAAGCAGCCACAGAAGAUGGAGAAGCAGUUGUUGAUGCAGACACAGAGGCAGUAGAGGUUGCCUCAGUAGCACCCGCAGGAAUUGAUGCAGCUGUUGUUCCAGAGGAACAAGAUCCCGCCAACGCUGUUGCCUCUGUUGCAGAGGGAGAAGAAGCAGCAGUUGGGGUCGCUGAUGCUGUCACUGCUGCUCCUGUAGCAGAAGUAGCUGUAGAGCAACAAGCUGAUGUUGUGGCUCCUGAUACUGUUGAUGCUGCUGCUGCCAUAGAGGUUAUUGAAGUUGUAACAGAAGCCCCUGUUGAUAAUGUCGUAGCCCCUGCUGCCACUGAAACCACAUCAAUAGAAGAUGCAGCACCAGCUGAUGCCGCAGUACAGGCAAUUGAAAAUGAGGUUGCAGCUCCUGCAAUGCAACCAGCGGGUGAUGAAGUAGCUGUUCAAGCAGAGGUGGAAGCAGAUCCAGCACAGGUUGCCCUUGUUCUGGUUAAAAGACAAGCUCCAGAGCUGAUGGCUGACUGCAUGAUCUUCCGCAAUGGCUCCCUCACCACCACUGUAGAUGUUGUCCAGGGUAUUGAAAGUGUAGAGAUUGUUGAGGUGUCCAACGUUGUGGCGACUGAGUUGGAUCAAAAUGUUGUGGACAUCACCAUUGACUGUCAGGGAAGUCUGCCAAGUGAGGUCUGCACAACCAUUUCUGAUGCUGACUGUAUCACACCGGUGGAGACCAUCUGUAAUGCAGCCACACCCUCUCCAGACUGUCAGAUGAUCGUUCGUCAGGUCUUCAAUGACACCGGAGUAUUUUGCAUCAAUGUCUCGUUGACCAAUGAUGUCAGUCUAGCUGUGGCAAGUGCCAGAGUCAGUGUAGCAGCAGCCUCUGGUGGUUCCUCAGCUGGAACUGCAGCCACAGUCGUGGGCGUUAUGGUUCUCGCCUGUGUUGUCUGUUGCAUUGGUUUGAUGCACAGACGGUCCAAGCAGUACCAGCCACUAAGAGAAGACAACUUUGGAGGCAGCUCGGCGGUAACAUCAGUGCCUUUGUUGUUGUGGAACUUGUUGAGCCGAGAGUCACCAGGAGAGAGUCUUCCACUGCUUCAGGGGAGGGCUGCUUGA